UAUCAAUGGACAUUUUUAACGAUCCUUCUACCUCAUUCUUUGGUCUUAACUCUUUUGAGCCUCUUUCUAGGAUGCUAGGUCCUGAUCCUCCUCAGAAUCGUGUUAUUCCACCUCAACAGGAAACUGAGCUUAAGAAAGAGAGUGUAUCUUCCGAAACAGACCAGCACAAGAGCAAAGUUGAUACCUCAAUCGAGGAAAGAAGAAGGAGAGGCAAAAUUAGGUCUAAAAGAUCCAGAGACAAGAAAAAACUAUAUUUGCAAGGACUUGAAGAAAAAAUAAAAGAAUUACAGAAAGAGAACUUUAGACUUCAAAAUCUGGUUGCAAACUAUAGAAGUGAAAAACUCGAGUAUUAUGGUGAAGAGAUCAAAACUUUCGAAAAGGAUUCUAGAAAGCAAAAGUUGGAAACAUUUAAGAAUUUUAUUGACCCGGAAACUUUAGAGUUCAAGAAAAUUACAAAAGAGACACUUGGAGAUAUCUUCGCAAAAAAUUGCAAAUUUCAAAUGGAUCGUCACAAGAAUUUCAUGGAUGGAAUUUUUAAGAUCCUUGUCAACCACAUUUGCCCCUUCGAUAAGUUCUUUAAAAAGUGUCCCUCCAAAGAAUACACUACUGAUUUCGAGACUAUCAAAGAGCUGAGCAAACUUGAAGAUAAGGAAUGAGAUGAUUUUGCAAAACAGAACAACAUUGACCCUCUCGACGUAAUAAUUUCCAGACUAAAACCCUCUCGGAGACAAUUCUUGUGCAUGAAAAACGUAUUCUUCAAGAAAAAGCUGCAAAUCGCUGAAAAAUACAGAGAAGGAAUCAACCUUCUGUUCCAAGCAAAGGAUAUUUUCCAAGAAGCUAGUGUUGAAGUCUGUGUCACAACACAUUUUAUGUUCAAUUCUAAAGUAUUUUCAGAUGAAGAGUUUCUCAAAAAGCGUUCACUUCGAGACCUUUUCUCCGCUCCUAACAGCUUUGAAGACUUCUGGAAAGUUCAAACGCAGCCAGUAGAGUAUGCGAACCAUGUCUUCACUGACCCAAUUUUAGGGAAAAGAGCAAGGAAAGUUUUGCCAGAGGAUAAGAAAAUAGAUGGGUUCUGAUACAACCAAUUUAAGUUGCCGGAAUAACUAUUACAUAUCUUCA